GCUUCUUUCUUUCAUUUCAAUUUUUGUCAAAGGAAGAAGAAGGUUGGUGUUCUCUCUAUUUUAUUUCUUGAAUAAAAAAAAAAAAUACUUACAAAAAAAUGUCGGAUUCUUCAGAUAAUAAUUCAGAAAAUGAAAACCUUUCCGAAGAAGAAGAAACUGAAUCAAUCGAAGGAGAUGAAGAAGAAGUCCAAAGUGAUUCCAAUGAAGAUGACAAAAUAGAAGACGACAAAUCUAAAGACGACGAUGAAGUUGUUACGUGGAAAAGUUUGGGACUUCUUGACACAUUAUGCGAAGCAUGUACUGAAUUAAAAUGGAAAGCACCAUCAAAAAUUCAAAAAGAAGCUAUACCUGUUGGCUUACAAGGAAAAGACAUAAUUGGUUUGGCCGAAACAGGUUCUGGAAAGACAGGAGCAUUUGCAUUACCAAUUUUACAAUCGCUCCUUGAAAAUCCACAAAGAUAUUUUGCUUUGGUCUUGACUCCGACACGUGAAUUGGCUUUCCAAAUUUCAGAACAAUUCGAAGCUCUUGGAAGUUCGAUUGGAGUAAAAUGCUGUGUUAUAGUUGGAGGCGUUGACAUGGUAUCGCAAGCUCUUCAACUUGCCAAAAAACCACACAUUGUAAUUGCCACUCCCGGUCGAUUACUCGAUCAUUUGGAAAACACAAAAGGUUUCAAUCUGAAAGCUAUAAAAUACUUGGUCAUGGAUGAAGCUGAUCGAAUUCUCAAUAUGGACUUUGAAGUUGAAUUGGAUAAGAUCCUGAAAGUCCUUCCGAGAGAAAGAAGAACAUAUCUUUUCAGUGCGACUAUGACAAAGAAAGUAAAGAAACUGCAGAGAGCAUCUCUUAAAGAUCCCGUCAAAGUUGAGGUUUCGAAUAAAUUCCAAACUGUGGAACAAUUGCAGCAGUAUUACAUUUUUAUUCCGGUCAAGUUUAAAGAUGUCUACUUGGUGCAUAUAAUCAAUGAAUUGGCGGGAAAUUGUUUUAUGAUAUUCUGCAGUACGUGCAACAACACAGUCAAAACAGCUCUAAUGUUGAGAGCACUGGGUUUAGCUGCGAUACCACUUCAUGGUCAAAUGUCUCAAAAUCGACGAUUGGCAGCGUUGAAUAAAUUCAAAGCAAAGAAUCGUUCUAUACUCAUUUCAACUGAUGUGGCAUCGAGAGGUUUGGAUAUUCCUCAUGUCGAUGUGGUUUUGAAUUUUGAUAUACCAACGCACAGCAAAGAUUAUAUUCACAGAGUUGGGAGAACUGCUCGAGCUGGUAGGUCGGGUAAAGCAAUUACAUUUGUCACUCAAUACGAUGUUGAAUUGUAUCAAAGAAUUGAGCAUUUGCUUGGUAAGCAAUUGCCUCAGUACAAAUGUGAGGAAGAUGAAGUGAUGGCAUUGCAGGAGAGAGUUGGCGAAGCACAGCGGACGGCCAAGUUGGAGUUGAAAGAUCUGGAAGACAGCAAAGGCGGGUCGAAGAGUAAAUUUAAGAAUGCAGAUUUUGAUGAUUCUGAACAGUUUACCGGUGCGAGGAAGAGAAUGAAGUCAGGCGGUGGAGGUGGUGGUGCCGGCGGAAAAGGGAAAAAGAAUUGGAAAAAGGCGAGAAAGUAAAUUAGGUUAAUUUAUGUGAUAAAUAUAAUUUAUUUUUUAAGAAAAA